UUUACGAUUCGAUGGCUUCCAUCUUGGUAAUUGUGAUGUAUAGAAACUGAAAAGUAAGUCGAAAUGGGUAAAGGAUUUAAUAAUUAUAUGUGUAAGAAACCGUUUCAUCCAGGCUCGAAAGCUAAUAUAAAACGAGCAUGGAUGGCGGAACAGAGAACUGAAAAUGAAAAAAAGAAACAGGAUGAGUUAAGGGUGCAAUAUGAAAAAGAACAAGAUUUGUAUAAUAACAAAGCUCUUCUAAGCAACGAAAGCAAAGAUAAACUUGCUCUCAAUUUUAUGUAUGAAGCUCCACCUGGUGCAAAAAGAGAACGCCAAAAAGAGGAUGAUGAGCCAGAAUAUAAAUUUGACUGGCAAAGAAAGUAUAAUGCACCCAGAGAGGACUUUGCUAAAGACAAUAAAGAUAUUAAAGAUCAACCAUUUGGAAUUCCUGUAAGAAAUGUACGUUGUAUUAAAUGUCAUCAGUGGGGUCACAUCAACACUGAUAAGGAAUGCCCACUUUUUAAUCAAGCUCACAAUUCAUCUGCAGGAACAACCUCAAUGGAUCCACUUGAAUUGAUGAAACAAAUGAAUGAAGAUGGAUUAUCUUUAAAACAACAUAUUUUAGGACAUCAGUUAGAUCCAAUUCAAAAUAAUCAGCAAUUUUUAACAAGUGAUGAAGAAGAUCCUGAAAUGGAAUUUUUAAAGUCAUUGUCUACAAAACAAAAAAAAAAGCUUCUCAAUAUUAAACCAAACAUAGGCAGAAACACCCAUAUCAUGGCAUGGGAUAACAUCAUAUCCCCACAAUGCAUUUUAGAAGCCUUGGAUUACGGUCCUCUUUAUGCUCUGACCCUUUUGCCAAUACCAGAGACCUACAUACCGGAUAUUGAAUUGGUCAUUAAAGAAAAGAAGGCUAAGAAACUAAAGAAUAAGCAUAAAAAGUCUAUAAGUAGCAAUAGUAGUAGUAGCAGUAAUAGUAGCAGUACUUGUGAUACUUGUGAUAGCAGUAGUUCUUUGGAUUCAGAAUCAAAUUCAGAUAGUGAUGUCUCUCCUAAGCAAAGCAAAACAAAAUCAUCCAGAAAAAAUAAGGAAAAAUGUAACAGUGACUCAGAAAAUUCAGAUAUAAAAAUAUCUAAUAGAUAUAAUGAACGAAACUGUACUUAUGAAGAUGAUAUUAAAUAUAAAACUAAUGGACUAGAUUAUGAAGAAGAAAGAACUAUGGAAUCAUCUAAACACAAAAGCAACAAUUUAAGUUACGAGGAAGAACAAAGAAAUAGAGAAACUUCAAGACAUAGAAAUAUAGAUCAAAAUUAUGAUGAAGGAAGAAGAAGAAAAGAGUUCAGAUAUAGAAAUAAUGAUGCAAGUUAUGAAGAAGAAAGAAGUUUAGAAAUGCCAGGACGAAGGAGUUCCCGUGAAGAGAAUUGGAGAGAAAGCCGGAGGGAAGACUCUCACUAUGAGAGUCGUCAUUCACGGUCACCCACUUACAGAGAGCGAUCGUCAGAGAAAAGAUUUUAUAGGGAUGAUGAUAAUAACAUGAGAGACUAUUACAAAAGGUCUGAAAAUUAUAGAAGAAAUUAUCAUGAAGAAAGAGACCAUAGACAUUAUAAAAAUGAUAACAGAAGACCAGAAUUUUCAAGAUACAAUGAAAGAUAUUGAUGGUUUGGGUAAUAUGUCUGAACACAAAAAAUGUACAGCAUAAUCACACACAAAAUAUCAUCAUGUGUUUAUUGUUUUUAUUUUCUAUAAUUUCUAUGUUUUAGGAUUGUAAUAACAAAAAUAUUUUUUUUAUUUAUCAAAUUUUUCAAAAAAAAAUGUAUUAUUACAUUUUAGAUACUUCAUGGAAAGUAUUGUGACAGUUAAAGAAUGAAAGUAAAAGUAAAACUAUUACUAUA